UGAGUUGGCUCCGAGGCGUGGAAGGCUUUAUGAUCUCCGGGCUCACACACAGAAGUCGUCAAAUGAUGUGACACAGCGGCAGCUCGUGACUCAUUAUCUUCUAGUUGAAGGGUUUGAUGGGAGAUAAAAGCUGCUGCAGCCCGGGAUGAUGUUGUUCCAGUGACCUCCAGAAGCAAAACUCUCAUGUUGUGUCUGUUUCCUGAGACAUUUGGCAGAGAUGGGUAAUGGAAUAAACAAGGUCCUGCCUAAUCUUUAUCUGGGAAAUAUUAAAGAUGCUCAAGACAAGGAGCUGUUGGCGGAGCACAACAUCACACACAUCUUGUCGAUCCACGAUACGGCCGCCCCCGUCCUGGAGGACAUGAGCUACCUCUGUAUAUCUGCUGCUGAUCACUCCAAGCAAAACCUAACUCAGCACUUCAGAGACAGCAUCACGUUCAUCCACGAGUCUCGACUGAAGGGAGAAGGCUGCCUCGUUCACUGCGUGGCAGGAGUGUCCCGCAGCGUGACCCUGGUGGUGGCCUACAUCAUGACGGUGACGGGCCGCGGCUGGGUGGAGUCUCUGGCGGCGGUGAGGGCGGCCCGGCCGUGUGCGGGGCCCAACCUGGGCUUCCUGCGGCAACUGGAGGAGUUUGAAAACACAGACCUGACAGAAUAUCGAGCGACGUGGAAGGAGCGGUACGGGACGCACACGCUCAACGACGACGAGGAGGUCAAAGCUCUUUUAACUCGGAAAUCCACCUGCAGCAGCAACGCCAUAACUACCAGCAUCACUCCUGCAGCGGCCACAAGUAGAACCUGAGAACAAACAUCUUCCGGAUGCCUCGUCUGACGUCAGCUGAAAGCAGCCGAGGAUCGCGGGCCUCUGCACGGACCUUUGACCUCGCUGAGACCGGAGCGGCUGUUUCCGCGCUUCAUGAUUGCUCCUGCAGACAGAAACAACCGCAGAGAUACUCCACUCUGAGACAAUUCAGUCUCGAGUUGUGUUGAAUCAUAUUUUUACAGAAACACUCUGCAUUCAUGUGAUGAGGGGAUUUUUCUUUAAUGUCCUCAUCUCUUGUCCCCCUUCAUCAUGUCCUCGCCACUAACUGUCAAAAUCACACGCUCGGGCAGUCAAGCAGGACAACGAGGAAACAUACAGUACACAGUGUGAACACAAGCUCAGCGGCGUACACCCCCCCCCCCCCUUCAGUUUUGUUAUGCUGUGUCUGCGACUUGAAAUAUGAGUAUUAGUUUCUGUGACAGCUGAGGAACACUGAGUCUCACAGUAACAGAGGGUUGAGGUUUUGUUGGCAUUGAUCUAUAAACACUGAAUAAAUGCAAUAAAAACCAGAUCUCACUGUAAAAGUUCUAAUAUCAAUUAUUCACAUGAACAUUUCUGCUCCAGGAAACUUUAUUUAAACAUUUACAUUUGUUUUUAAUCAUAAAUUAACAUGAGAUUUUAUUUAAAAACUGAAUAUUCCAGCAGCGACGGUUCCCUAAAGAACAUACUGUACUAUAAUUAAGAUCUGGAGGGGAAACAAGGAAAUAAAUAUAUAUUAUUGAGAUCAUUAUUUUGAAUAUUUUUAAGUGAAUUACUGGAAAUCAGGACUUCUGGAGUAUUUUUUUUAUGUGGUUUUGAUAAUUUUACCAACAUUUACUUAUUAACUUUAAUGUUUUGUGACCAGUUCAACCUGAAAACUCCUUUUACCUUGUUUUGUUUGUAUUUAGUCCAACGAAUAUAAAACCAUUAAAGUGAAUCACAAAUGCAACAAAUACAACAUCUAACUGCUGCUUAUCACUCGUGAUGAUAAUAAAAUAAUAAAAUACCCAACAUGGGGGUGUUGUGCUUUAUAAAACAGUUUUCAUACUAUUUAACUCAGAUACUUGAGAUAAAUAUAAAACUGGUUUUACAUCUUUACUUGUCAGUGUUAAUCCAUUACAUUCCCCUGAUAACAUCUGACAUUAUAAAAUAUGAUCAAUAGAUUGUUUAGUUUCACCUCGAUCAUCUUAAAUUAAAUAC